AUGGACCGGUACCAGAAAACCGUCCGGCGGGUAAAGACGCUAAGUCCGGAACUCGCCCUUCAUUACAUCCUACCCGCCCUCAAGCCCGGACCAUUCAAAGACAGCGUCUGUCGGCAAGCUCCUAAGACCAUGGAGGAGCUGAGGGAACGCGCGGCAGACGAGAUCAGGGUUGAGGAGAUGAAGUUAUCUUACAAGAAGGAGAGUCAGGAGCUGCGGAGCGAGAAGGCGGACGGGGGGAAACCCGGUAAUUCGAGAGGAAAACCGGGCGGUGGCAGGCAGAAGGAACCGCGUCGAGGGCCCCGUUUCCAGCAGUAUACCCCCCUGAACGCCCCCCGGGAGAAGAUCCUACAGGAGGCGCUCAGCGCGGAUCUGCUCCCAGAACCCGUGAAGCGACCGACACCAUCCGGCGCGGAUGAAAGUAAACACUGCGCCUACCACAAGAACAUGGGUCAUACCACCGAGGAGUGUAUGACCCUGAAGGACAAAAUUGAAGAGCUGAUCCAGGCGGGGAAGCUGAAGAAGUACAUACGGGACGAUCGUCCUCAGGCGCCCGCCGAGAGGACUGCCAGGCGACCAGCAUACAGGUCCGAGAGACCUAGGAACGACCGGAACGAACGUCCUCGCUCCGAGCGAAGACGGAGCCGAAGCCGGAGUAGAAGUCGCGAACAUCCGCUAAGGGGGCACAUCAACACGAUCUCCGGAGGGUUUGCCGGGGGAGGAUCAUCGUCGUCCGCCCGAAAGCGCCACAUACGAGCACUACAUUCAGUGCAUUUAGUAGAUAGGCCCCAGCGCACUAUGCCCCCCAUCACAUUCUCGGAUGAAGACUUCCACACGCCCGACCCCGAUCAGGACAACCCCAUGGCGAUAACGGCCGAGAUUGCCCGCUACGGCGUCAGCAAGGUCUUGGUGGAUCAGGGGAGCUCAGUGAAUAUCCUCUACUGGAAAACUUUCCAGCAGAUGGACAUCUCGGAAGAUCUCAUCGUUCCCUACAACGGCCAGAUCGUAGGAUUUCCGGGAGAGAGAGUGGACACUCGCGGUUAUCUGGAGUUAAGGACGAGGCUGGGAACCGGACGAUCAAGUGUAGAAAAGAGAGUCUGA